AUGGCUCAAGCACGACAGGGCUAUCAUCUGCUUGCGGACUUCAUGUCGUGGGCUUCUGAUACUGCCAUUUUCCCUCGUUUCAAGUCGUCAAACGUUCUCAACCUGUUACUGCUCCAAGCGGAGAUUAGCAAGCUGGAGGAAGAUCUCAGAGAUUUUGUGGACCUUGACCAGAAGUCUGGUCAGCCUUCCCGUGUGAACGCUUCACUUGAUUGGGAAGCGCUGUGUGAUUUGGAAGAAGAUCAUCCCACGAAAAAGACCUUGGAAGAGCUCCGAGAGAAACUGAGCGUAUAUAACCAAGCCUUAAUCCAGCAAAUUACUCUCAAUCGACAACGAACUCCGUCGUAUGAAAAUCUGGACAUCUUACGCGGCUGGUUGAGGGAUACACAGGGCGGCAAAUCCGAGCUUCGUGGUCCAGGCGCCAUGACAUGGUCCGAAGUGCCUGAUGGCGGACGAGCUGUCGAAGACUUAUUGGGGCUGUCAUCCAGUCGUCAAGAACGCACUGUCGUGCAUGCCUUCCUUCGGGCGUUGUUCCUACUCUUGAAGCGUUUUGCACGUUCUGAAGCAUUCAGCGGCAGAGACUCAUCCAAAAUCGUGGCCGAGAAGUAG